UUUGUUACAGAAGAGGAAGAGGAGCAGGUACCUACCGAUGGAGGUACGUCUGCAGAAGCCAUGCAGGUGCCACUGGAAGAGGAGGGAGAGAUGGAAGAGGAUGAGGCAAUUAAUGAUGAGAACUACUUGAGCAAGAGACCGUUAGAAAGUCCUGAUGCUGAGGAAUUUCUGCCUGUGAAACGGCCCAAACUAGCUGUUUCCAAAGGGGACAGCUUGGAUGGAGCUUUGGAACCACGUGAGCCUCUUAGCUCAAUAAACACUCAGAAAGUACCACCAAUGCUUUCUCCAGUUCACGUUCAGGACAGCACAGACUUAGCCCCUCCUUCACCAGAACCACCAAUGUUGGCUCCCAUUGCAAAAUCGCAAGUGCCAACCCCCAAAACUUUAGAAGCAAAGCCCUUUGUCCCCAAAACAAAGUCCAAAACAAGUUCUCCAGGACAGAAGACAAAAUCUCCUAAAACUACGCCCUCGCCUGCGGUCACUGGAAGUCCCAUACGUUCCCCAAAAACUGGAUCCAAAGAAAAAAAGUCACCGGGUCGCGCCAAGAGCCCAAAAAGUCCUAAAAGUCCAAAGGUUCCCACUCACAUUCCCCAGCCACCACCUGCCAAGCCUGAAACACCAAGUAGAACCCCCCUGGCUGCACUGAGUGACAAGAUGAUAGGAAAGGAAAACAUUCAAGUCAAACAAGGACAGACGCCACCCGAGCCCGCCACCACCAAGCCAAGCGUUGAAAACCAGGCUAAGAAAGCACCAGUAAUGGACAAGACCAUUGAUGACUCCAUCGAUGCUGUCAUUGCCCGUGCUUGUGCAGAACGAGAACCAGAUCCCUUUGAGUUUUCCUCAGGGUCUGAAUCAGAAGGGGAAAUUUUUACCAGUCCUAAAAGACUUUCUAUUUCAGAGACUACAACCCCCAAACCUUCCGUUUCUGCCAAUAAUGCAAAUAAGGCAGGAGCAACUCCAAUACCUCCCUCGGGUGGGACUUCAAGUUCAGACAUUUCAUGGACAAUGGAUGACUCAAUUGAUGAGGUCAUUCGAAAGGCAAACAUGGGGACACCUUCUAACCCACCUACCAACUUCCCUUAUUUCUCCUCUCCUUCCGCCUCACCGCCAACUCCAGAACCUCUUCUCAAAGUCUAUGAGGAGAAAACCAAGUUGGCUUCAUCGGUAGAAGUGAAAAAGAAGUUGAAAAAGGAGCUGAAGACAAAAAUGAAGAAGAAAGAAAAACAAAAGGAAAAAGAUAAAGAGAAAAACAAGGAGAAGAACAAGGAGAAGGAAAAGAACAAAGAGAAGGAUAAAGACAAGGAAGGAAGCAAGGAAGCAAAAUUCCAGUGGAAGGAACUACUCAAAGACGAGGAUCUCGACCCCUAUAAAUUCAAAGUAAAGGACUUUGAGGAUGCUGACACAAAAGUAAAGUUGAAAGAUGGCAAUACCAAAAAAGAGAAAGAAAGACAUAAAGAUAAAAAGAAAGAGAAAGAGAAAGGCAAAAAAGACAAGGAUAAGAAAGACAAAGAGAAACUUAAAGAUAAGAGUAAGGAAGAUAAGAUAAAGGCCCCAUCAGCACCUCUUGUGUUACCUCCCAAAGAAAUGUCUCUGCCCUUGUUCAGCACACCAACUGCCAUGAGGCUUCCCAGCAUGUUACCUUCCUUGUCUCCAAUGCUUCCUGAAAAACUGUUUGAGGACAAAGAGAAACCAAAAGAGAAGAAGAAAGACAAAAAGGAGAAGAAGAAAAAGAAAGAAAGGGAGAAGGACAAAGAAAAGGAGAAGAAGGAGAAGGAAAAGGAGAGGAAAGAAAGAGAAAAGAAAGAGAAGGAAAAAGAGAAACACAAACACGAGAAGAUAAAGGUGGAACCAGUUGUUCCAGCUCCCUCUCCGGUUAUUCCUCGGCUGACACUAAGAGUGGGUGCAGGCCAAGACAAGAUAGUCAUCAGCAAAGUGGUGCCAGCUCCAGAGGCCAAACCUUCAACCCCAGUGAGCCGGCCCAAAACACCUCCACCAGUGCCGUCACCCGUGCCAGCUCCUGUCCACGUCACCCCUCCUCCAGCUCCAGCUCCUCCUCCUCCACAACCUACUGUCUCACCUGCCCUCAUCCCACCGCCCUCUCCAGCCAUCUCAGCAGCUGGAGGCUCCAAAGCCCCGGUCAGGAGCGUGGUGACCGAGACCGUCAGUACUUACGUG